AUCCAAUGCCUUUUGCCUCCUCCCAGUUGCGCAAGUGCGUGCGCGUGUGUGUCUAUAUAUAUAGGCCUGGCCGCGAUCAUCGGUAUGCCGUGCCAUCAAGAACAAAACAAGCAGUAGUGUAAGUUCAGCUUGAGAUUAGGGUACAAGUUCCACCCAUCUCACCGAAGAACCGGUUGAGAAAUUAGCCAGCUCUUUCUUGGAAUUUUUGGUGAUUCCUAGAGGAAAUGGCGCUGAGGAGGAUCGUCAAGGAGCUCAAGGACCUGCAGAGGGACCCGCCGACCUCCUGUAGCGCAGGUCCGGUGUCGUCGAACGACAUGUUCCACUGGCAGGCGACGAUCAUGGGGCCGAGCGACAGCCCCUACUCGGGCGGCGUGUUCCUGGUGACCAUCCACUUCCCGCCGGACUACCCGUUCAAGCCCCCCAAGGUGGCCUUCAAGACCAAGGUGUUCCACCCCAACAUCAACAGCAACGGCAACAUCUGCCUCGACAUCCUCAAGGACCAGUGGAGCCCCGCCCUCACCAUUUCCAAGGUUCUGCUGUCGAUAUGCUCGCUGCUGACGGACCCCAACCCGGACGACCCGCUGGUGCCGGAGAUCGCGCACAUGUGCAAGGCCGACCGGACCAGGUACGAGUCCACGGCCAGGGGCUGGACGCACAAGUACGCCAUGGGAUAGAUGACUAAAGAAGGGCUUGAGCUCGAUCGAGCUCAAAGAUGUGGAAACCAUGUACCAAUGAAUAAUAAUCAAUCAACAUUUUGCUUCGAA